AUGCGGGGCACGAGCUGCGUGGGCGGCGGCGGCGAGAGCCCGGGUGGCGCCGGGCUGAGCGAAGGCCCGGGGGGCCGCUGGCUGCGCCUCGCCCCGGUCUGCGCCUACUUCCUCUGCGUUUCGUUGGCCGCCGUGCUGCUCGCCGUCUACUACGGGCUCAUCUGGGUUCCCACGCGGCCCCCCGCGGGCCCCGCCGGCCCGCCGCCCAGCGCGCCGUCCCCUCCGUGCGCCGCCCGUCCGGGCGCGCCGCCUGCCCCGGCGCCCGCCGCUGCCUCGGUCUCCUGCCUCCUGGGAGCCCCCGGCGGGCCGCGACCCCAGCUCGAGCUGCCGCGCAGCCGCCGCCGCCGCCGCCACAGCGACCCCAGCAGCCGCCCGACCCGCCAGACAGUCAGAGAGACGCCGGAGGCCGCGGGGGGGCGAGGACCCGGGUAA